AUGAGUGGUCCCGGGGCAUCUUCGGUGGGUCCGCUGGGCAGAUCAUUCAGGUACCAAACCUACCACCACACCGUCUCCAACGUCUUCCUGCCCUUGCCUGCGGCGAUCAAGGUCACAAAGAAGCUCCGGGAGAUGCUCUUGCAAGUGCGGAGCUUCCAGGACACCUCACUGCUCGACAACAAGCUGGUCUUUGCGGCGUCCUUCAAUCUUGUUAAGUUCCUCUUUGUCGAUCUGUCCACCGGCGAAGUCUUUAUCUUCACGAGGAGGCCUUGGUCGCCCUUCGAGGCAGCGUCCCCUCAGGAUCCCAGGGCCGGAGACGGCCUGAUCAGGUGGUUUGAGGAGUAUGUCCGCCGACUGGAAAGCAAGUUCUACACCUUGGACUGCAUCUCGCCCCAGGAUGCGCCCCUGUCCGUCGGCAUAUCGCUUUUCCCGGCGACACAGCCCGAGAUGACGGUCCGCGUGACGCGCGGCGUCGAAGUGCGCGCCAGUGCCAUCUACAUGCCUGAGCACGACGCAGGCUGGACGUACUCCAUUGCCCUGCGACUGGUUGGCACGAAGGAAGAGCGUGGCUAUGAGCGCUGUCAGCUGGUGACACGUCACUGGGAGAUCGAGGAGGAAGGACGACCAGAGCCGGAGCUGGUGGAGGGCGAGGGCGUGAUCGGCCUUUUCCCGAUUCUUGUGGAUGGCGGCUGGAUCGUCAGCAGUGAGAGCGACCCACAUGGUCAAUACCAGACGCCGGGCCACGCAAGUGGGCUUUUCCGAUACCAGAGCUGCGCCCUGGCAGAGCCUAGGGCGAUUUACCCAGGGUGUUCAGGAGUUAUCAACUUAUAG